AUGAAUUUACAAGUCUAAAGUGACAUAGAUUUGAAACUAUCCGCCUUAGAAAAAUUGGGAGACAAUCCAAAUGAGGUUGAUAUUAAAUACGUAAGCUAUAUACUCAAAAUCCCAUAUUAAACAAUUCAUUAGUGGUUGGAAGAGAAAAGAGUUGAAGAAGAUUUUGAAAUAGAUAUAUCACCAGUCGAAGAUACGGAAUGUUAAUUUAUUGGAAGUGGAGUGGAAAACAAAGGGUUGUUAAAUAAAUAAAAUUUGGUUAAGGAGGAGGAUGCUCAAAAGAAAUAAAUACAGAUUUCAUUUAAAUCACCAAAAAAAGAUAUAAAAGUGAACGAAGUCUCAAAAAUAAAGGUAAAAAUUAAUAAAAUUGAUUCAACCAAAUCAAGUGCUGAUAAAACACUUGAAAAAGCUUAAACAAAACAUAUCAAUUUAGUUAUUAGAUAAUCUUAAUAACAAUCAUUUGAAGAUUGUAAAACCCAAGAAAAAAGUUUAUAAGAAAAUUAGAAUGCCAAUCGAUUUCAUUCAAACAAAAAUUUAUUAUAACAACAUGAAAAAUAGGAGGUAUCAAACAAAUAAUAAAAUCAUAAAGGAAGUUUAUCUUAAAAUAUAGAUAUCAAGGUUCAAUAAAAUCAAGAUUAAUUUUAUUCAUAAAAAAUAUAAAAAUAAUAGCUUAAUUAGAUGAAUAAUUUAAUACGUCUGGAGAAGGAAAAAGACUAAUAGGGAAUGAGUUAAAUUAAAUUAAUAGAAUAGACAAAUUAAUCAAGAAAUGAAAAACAACACAAAUCCUUAAUUGUACUUGAUAAAGAGGCCAUUAAGUAAAAUUAAAUAAUUGAAACCUCAAAAAUAAAAUCAAAAUAAAGUUUCAAAAAAUAAGAUAUAAGUAAUAAACUAUAAACUUUGUCAGAUCUGACUCUUCUAAGUAAGAAAAAGGCAUAGAAUCCAGUAUAAUAAUAAUAGUUUGCAAUCAGAUAAAAUAAGAUGUUCGAACAUGGAGUCACUUAAUAAUAAACUCAGUAGAUACAAAAUAAAAUAUAAGUAAAUCAUACGAAUUAAAAUUAAAUCUCUUAAAAAAUUCAACAUUUUCAAUAAAACCAGGAUCACAAUUCUCUUUAGGUAAAUUAAUAAUAACCAGUAUUAAAUUUCACAGAAGAGCGAAUAAUCAAUUCUAAUGUAGAAUCACAUGAGUAGUUAAAUAAAUAAUAGCAAUAAGUAGAAUAAAAGACUUCUAAUUCUUAGCAUUAGAAUAUGACAUAACCACCUGAAAAGUUGGAUCAUAAUUUACCUAUAGAAUCACUCAAAUUAUAACAGCAACCCCAAAUUUAUUAAGUAUGUACUUCUCAAUUGAGGGAUCAAACUAAUCCUACAAAUUAAUCUUCAUUAUAAUGUUAGCGAGGAGAAGUUUAACCGUAAAAUGAUUCUGAAGCGAAUCCCCUAUAAACACAGUCAAGUCAGAUCACGCAAGGGUGUAUUUAAUAAGAAUACAUGGAUAAGAUGUUAUAAUUGCCCAAUCAAGUAGAGAUGAUUUAAAUUUUCAACUACAAUUAGCAAGUAUUAGGAUAGGUAAUUAAACUGAUUACGACAGUUAGUAAUUAGUAGUUUGCAUUGAUGCAGAAGCUUGACUUGAUUAAUUAAUGUGUUAAUAAAAAGUGA